AUGGGCAGACCCUGGAGUGUAAGAAUAUCACAAUCCCCUAACUCAGGUUACAUGCUAACUGAGGGAACAGGAUCCCCAGUCUUACUGGAAUGUCUCCUAAAAGCCUUGGAAAGAGGAACUGUCCGUAUUCUAGACGGUUUCAUGCUUCCAAUGGACCCACAAGGCUUUUUCGGAUUUUUUGGAAUUGGAAAGUUAAAGCAAGAAGACAUCAUUCUCUUGGCACAGGCAACAGUUGUUGCGUUUUUACCAGACAUUAGAAAAUUAAAAGAGGAACUCAGCAUUGCACACAAAUUUGAAGACAUCAGAACUCAGAUCUUUCAAACAAUAUCUGAACUGGAUCAUCGAUCGUUUGUCCCUUUCCAAAUAUCGGUCGGAGUUGCAAUCCAAAGAUACAUUGAAGAUCUAUGUACAGUGGACAUGGAAAGCCCAGAAAGGAUCCUCUUGGCAAUCCUUGCCAUUCACAUCACGCAGAACUUCAGCGACAGUCUGGAUGAAAAUACAAGACAGGCUAUAAAAUCCUUACUACAUCUUGUUGAUACAACAGAGUUUGAUAGAAUUAUCAAAGAUCAUGAGCAUAUAUCAACAAGAAAAUUAUCUGACAUAGUUGUCCCGAUAUCAGACUCGCAGAUUAGAAUCAAUGACAUAGAACCAAAACUCAACUUAGGUGUCUUCAAGGAGACAGUGAGAAAAUUCUUACACUUGCAAGGACUUAUGAAGCAGUGCCUGAAAAGUUCUUCAUUUUGUAAGCUGAAGAAUGAUAGAGAAUCGGCUGAAAAAUGUAAGCUGAUGAAUACAAAGAAAACUAAAUUAUCACCAAACGAAUAUAUUUACAACAUCUGGGAUCCAUGUUACAAGAAAUGGCAGAGAUACUGUGAUCGUUUUGCAGACGAAAAAAUAACAAUUAAAGAAAUGGAAGAUCUGUUCGAUAUCACAAUGAAAACGGGACUGGAGAGCAAAACUAAAGCCAAAAUCGGUGAAGAAUUGGAGUUGAUGAUAGGGAACAAAGGGAAAUCGGAAAUGAUAGAAACACGUCUGCAACAAAUUGAUCAAUACUACACCCUUCUUAAAUGUGUGGAAUUAGCCGAAAGGUUACUAAGAAUUAAUACAGCACUAGACUUACAAUCGGAUAUACGAGAACUGGAAAACAUUGCUCGGGUGAAAGUUGAAAAGAAAAGUUUCCAGCUGGCUAUGAUAAAUAACCGGGUUAGAGACUUCAGUGAUGAACUCAGAAGCAUUUCACCCGCCAUCAUCGACAGUUUAGAAACAUUUGUUGAAUGUACAGACUUGGUGAACUGGUGUAGGGCAACAAUGCCAAAAAAUGAAAUGGGAUUUGAUCUCAAUGAAUUCAGGUCAGCUUUAUAUCAAAGACCUUUCCAAUAUCUGAGUAGAUUUUCAAAGAAUAAACUGGACAAAAAGUUUAGAUUUUCUGGCACAGAAGGAACACCAAACGAAUGUCUGACGACAUUGCUAAGGUAUUGCGGAGUACCCAACCCUUCUUGGUCUGAAUUAAAGCAGUUCGUCUUGUUUCUGAACACACAGCUGAUAGAUUAUGAAAAUUGUGUUUUCUGCUCUGAAAGCACAAUGGAUGUUCUUCCGGGAUUUUACAACUUUGUCUUGAGAUUCCUAAUUUUAAUGUCAACACUGUGGACAAUCAUGGGAGCUGACGCAUUUGACCCUGACGAAACAUAUGAACUCACAGCUGACAAUGUGAAAAAGAUAUUGGCCAUAUAUAUGAGAUUCAGGGCUGGGAUUCCAGUCAUCAUUAUGGGAGAAACCGGGUGUGGAAAGACCCGUCUGAUUCGCUUUCUAUGUCAGAUACAAUGUGCUGGGAUGAAUAUCCAAACAAUAACAAUAAUGAAGAUCCAUGGUGGCACAACACGACUGGAAAUUCGUGAAAAAGUGGAGACGGCAAAUGCAUUAGCCAAACGUAAUUCCCAGCAAACAAAACGUCACGUUUUUACAGUAUUAUUUUUCGAUGAGGCAAAUACUACAAGGCAUAUCGGUCUUAUCAAAGAGAUACUAUGUGAUGGAACAUUUGAAGGGCUUUCUUUGGACUUAUCUUCAAAUUUGAAGAUGAUAGCUGCAGUUAAUCCGUAUAGAAGACAUAGUGAUGACGUGAUAAGACGUUUAGAACAGGCUGGUCUUGGAUAUCACGUGGCAUCUGAGAAAACUAAUGAUAGACUAGGUCGACUUCCAAUGAGGCAUUUAGUGUACAGAGUACAACCUCUACCAUUGAGUCUCUUUUCACUUGUUUUUGAUUUUGGACGAGUAGACUCAAACACAGAAAUGCAAUACAUUGAGAAAAUGGCAUCACAGAAGGAGACGAGAGCGCUUGUCCUAUCGCUAGGCGUUUGUUACCACGCCGCACUUAAGGACAAAAAGAGCUAUAGAGAAUACAUAGCUAAGGAGUUUGGGGAGCCCUGUGUUUUGAAAGGUGGAGGAAGUCAGUUUUUGAAAGAGAUUACAAGAUGUCAACAGAUGAUUCUAGAUAAUUGCAAUCUAAAGGAGACGAUCGCCAAGAACAACGCCCUAAAAGAGAACGUCUUUAUGAUGGUCAUUUGUAUUCAGUUGAAAAUACCACUGUUUCUUGUUGGUAAACCAGGAAGUUCCAAGUCUCUGGCGAAAACGAUAGUUGACGAUGCUAUGCAGGGUAUCUCAUCUCACCGUGAAUUUUUCUAUGAUUUUAAACAGAUUCACAUGGUAUCCUUCCAAUGCAGCCCACUUGCUACUUCUGACGGUAUUUUGAGCGCGUUUGAAGAAGCUGCUCGUUUUCAGGAAGGGAAAAGUUUGGACAAUUUUACAUCUGUUGUUGUUUUAGAUGAAAUUGGUUUAGCAGAAGAUUCACCGAAAAUGCCAUUGAAGAUUUUACAUCCUAUGCUCGAAGAUGGAUGCAAGGAAGACAUACAAUCUGGAGUAGAUGUAGAUAACAAAAAGGUGGCGUUCUUCGGCAUAUCUAAUUGGGCUUUAGAUCCAGCAAAAAUGAAUAGGGGUAUUUUGGUCCAACGAGAUGUCCCUGAUGAGAAAGAACUUGAAAACAGUGCCAGGAGCAUUUGGUCAUCUCAGAAACAUUCUAAUGCUUUAACUAUGUUGGAAACCCUCAUUCCUCAGAUAUCGGCUGCUUACCUUGAGAUUUUUAAUGAUCCAAAAUCAAGAAGAGAAUUCUUCGGUCUAAGGGAUUUUUACAGCAUGGUAAAGAUGCUGUAUAAUAUAGUAAAAGAGACACAAACUUACCCCAAAUCACUUGAACUACUAAGAGCCAUAAAGCGGAAUUUCGGGGGAUUUGAUGGAAUCGAUCCAGUGGAAACCUUCCAAAAACAUCUCCCGGAAAUUGCACAAGUUAGAAAGAAUUCCGUAACUUCGCUACAACUAGUCCGCAUGGCAUUGGAUGAAAUUGUCCUCACCACGUCUGAUGACAAAAGCGAGACUAGAUAUCUCCUGUUACUGAGUGAGAGCAAUUCGUUACUACCUAUGUUGCAAGAACAUAUUUCAGCAAUUGGAGACUUCCAAACCAUCAUUGGGAGUGGUUUUCCGAAAGAUCAGGAAUAUUCCCAAAUAUGCAGAAACAUCAACCGGAUUAAGAUCUGCAUGGAGGCAGGGAAAACAGUCAUUUUAUUGAAUCUAGAAAAGCUGUAUGAAAGUCUUUAUGAUGUUCUUAAUCAGUACUACGUUUACUACGGAGGGGAAAGAUAUAUUGAUCUUGGACUGGGAACACAUCGAUUCAAGUGUAAAGUUCAUCGCAAAUUUGGAUUAAUUGUUGUCGCGAAAAAGCAUGUUGUGUACGAGACAUUUCCGGUACCACUUAUAAAUCGGCUGGAGAAACACUUCAUUCAAAUAGAUGCGCUUCUAAAUGAGGAUCAAACAGAGGCAAAAAGCCAACUUGUCAAAUGGAUGGAGGCAUUUUACCAACUUGUCAAGUAA